ACGUGUACAGUGUACACUGUACAUAAUCAUAGAGUGAAUUGGCAUCUUCCAAGUUAACGAUCACAAAAAAUUAUACAAAACAAAUUACUUGUGUCAUUGUGUGGGUUAAAAUAAUUAUUCAUCACAAUGGGAGUUGCUAAAAAUCCAGAAGCAAUGGAAGUUGAAAUAACAAGUACAGAUACACCAAUUGGUGAUACUGAAGUUGUUGAUAAAAAAGAUAUUGAUUUGUUGACAAUAAAUGAUUUACGUGAACAUACAAGACAAAUUGAAAAAGCUGUAUUAAAUAAAGAACCAAGAUUUAUAUUACGUGCAUUACGUGAACUUCCAAAUACACGUCGUCGUUUAAAUCCAAUGGUAUUACGUUGUUUAAUUGGUGGUUUUUAUACAAGAUCAGCAAGUGAAAGAGAAUCAUUGCUUGUUUGGGUUGAAGAACCAAUGGAUACCGAAGGUACACAAGCAGCAAUUCAACGUUUUAAAAGUUCAGCAUCACCAUUAUUACCAGAAAUUGAUGCAUAUAUACAUUUACUUGUAUUGGUACGUUUAAUUGAUACUAAAAAAUAUGAAGAAGCUGUACAAUGUUCAGAGGCACUUGCUAAAAAAGUUACUGGUGAAAAUCGUCGUACAAUGGAUUUAAUUGCAGCAAAAUGUUAUUUUUAUCAUUCACGUGUUUAUGAAUUAAUUGGUAAACUUGAUAAAAUACGUGGUUUUUUACAUUUAUGUUUACGUACAGCAACACUACGUAAUGAUUUUGAAGGACAAGCUGUAUUAAUAAAUUGUUUAUUAAGAUAUUAUCUUCAUUAUAAUUUAUAUGAUCAAGCUGAUAAACUUGUUCUUAAAUCAACAUUUCCAGAAACAGCAAGUAAUAAUGAAUGUGCUAGAUUUUUAUAUUAUCUUGGAAGAAUUAAAUCAGCACGUCUUGAAUAUUCAGCAGCACAUAAACAUCUUGUACAAGCAAUGCGUAAAGCACCACAAACAACUGCUGUUGGAUUUCGACAAACAGUACAAAAACUUGCUGUAACUGUUGAAUUAUUACUUGGUGAUAUACCAGAUCGUCAAAUAUUUCGUCAAGCAGCAUUAAGACGUGCAUUAGCACCAUAUUUUCAAUUAACACAAGCUGUACGUCUUGGUAAUCUUCAAAGAUUUUGUGAAGUAUUGGAAAAUUAUGGACCACAAUUUCGUAUUGAUCAUACAUUUACAUUAAUUUUACGUCUUCGUCAUAAUGUUAUUAAAACAGCAAUUCGUUCAAUUGGUUUAUCAUAUUCAAGAAUUUCACCAUCUGAUAUUGCUAAAAAACUUGGUCUUGAUUCUGGUGUUGAUGCUGAAUUUAUUGUUGCAAAAGCUAUACGUGAUGGUGUUAUUGAAGCAACAUUAGAUCCAGAAAAUGGUUAUAUGAGAAGCAAAGAAACAACUGAUAUUUAUUGUACAAGAGAGCCACUUCUAGCUUUUCAUCAAAGAAUUACAUUUUGUCUUGAUUUACAUAAUCAAAGUGUCAAAGCAAUGCGUUAUCCACCAAAAUCUUAUGGUAAAGAUUUAGAAUCGGCUGAGGAACGUCGUGAAAGAGAACAACAAGAUCUUGAAUUGGCCAAAGAAAUGGCUGAAGAAGAUGAUGAUGGUUUCCCAUAAAUUACUUUUUCUUUUUUUUUUUUCCUAAAAUAUCUGCAAUUUUUUUUUUUUUUUUUCUAUCAAUAACAAAUGAAUAAUAAUAAAGGAAAAAUUUAAUAACUAUUGAGAUAAUAUAAUAAGCAUUUAUGUAAUUUUUUGCUUAUUUUAAAUUUAACAACAAAUAAAUUAAAUAAAUAAAUAAUACGUUUUCUUUUUUUUUUCAUAAUUCAAAUAAAUCAACAUGUAAGUAAUUAAUAUUUUUAUUUUAUUUUAUGUCAUAGCAAAUAUAAUUAUUUUGUUACAAAGAUACUUAAAAAUUAUUACUUAAUCAAAAUUUAUUAUAAAACAUAGAAAAAUACAUUAAUUUUUUUGUUUUGUUAAACUCAACUUAUUGCUUUUGUUGUUAUAGAUAUUUAUUGUAAAAAAGAUAA